AUGAUGGACAAUCAGCCGCCCCUCACAUCACCGGAUGGAUCCAGUCAUGGGAACCCACCAGAGAGAUGUCCCCGUCCUCUGUAUUCCCGGGAUUCCACACAGGAAGGUCACACCACCCCUCACCAUCAUCAGGGUGGAAACCCCAGGAAUAAUAAUAAUAUUGUGCUUAAAGAGGAGUAUGGAGUCAUGGAGGAGUUUUCAGAAGGACACAAGGAUAUGAUGGAGCCACCUAAUACCAAGAACCCACCAGAGAGAUGUCCCUGUCCUCUGUAUUCCCAGGAUUCCACACAGGAAGGUCACACCAUCCCUCACCAUCAUCAGGUAGGUGGAUCCAGUCAUGGGAACCCACCAGAAGGUCACACCAUCCCUCACCAUCAGGUAGAUGGAUCCAGUCAUGGGAACCCACCAGAGAGAUGUCCCCGUCCUCUGUAUUCCUGGGAUGCCACAGGAAGGUCACACCAUCCCUCACCACCAUCAGAGUGGAAACCUGAGAGAUUCUACAGUUGAGGUUAAAGAAGAGAUAAAAGAGGAGGAUGAUGAGGAUGGGGGUGAUGGAGGAGUCUGAGCUUCUAAAAAAAACACAAAGAUCUGUACCAGGACACCAUGGUGAAGUCAUCCAGCUAUGGGAACCCACCAGAGAGAUGUCCUUAUCCUCUGUAUUCCCGGGAUUCCACACGGGAAGGUCACAUCAUCCCUCACUAUCAUCAGGUUGGAAACCUCAGUAAUAAUAAUAAUGUGCUUAAAAAAAGAGUACAAAGAGGAGGAUGAGGAGUAUGGAGUGAUGGAGGAGUUUUCAGAAGGACACAAGAAUAUGAUGGAGCCACCUAAUACCAGGAACCCACCAGAGAGAUGUCCCCAUCCUCUGUAUUCCCGGGAUUCCACACAAGAAGGUCACAUCAUCCCUCACCAUCAUCAGGGUGAAGAUCUGAUGAACAAGAAAGUUGAGGGUGAAGUAGAAGAGACGUAUGUGAGGGAUGAUCAGCAAUAUACGGAGGAGGCUGGAAUGAGGAGGACAUUCAUAGAGGAGGACACUCCUACAGAGAUCAGCACAGGUCCCGCCAUGGCGAAACCCUCAAAGGAUCGUCGCACUUUAUCUCCAGGUUGUAAAAUGGAAGAUGAGGACAUUCCAGGAGAAUGUGUCGGAGAAAAGACAAUGAGCUCCACUAUGGAUGGUGGACUUCCCAGUGUGGAAAGACCAUGG